AUGCAACACCAAGCACACAGAGAGCCGCCAUCUUUCAUUUUCACCAGGAGCACCAAAAUAUAUGAAUUGUUGGCUGGCGAUAUUGCUGCAGCUGCCGUCUCUGCCACUUUGGUAGCACCCACAGUGACCAUCAUUGACAGGGCAAUUGUUGAAAAAGCGUCAUCAAAUCAACCUCUACUUCGAAGUCUUCGUCACCAGGCAUGGUCUCUGCUAAAGUCUCCCCGCCAAUUCAUGCUCUCACUACCGUUCGGCAUUGUCUGGUCUCUCUAUGCUGGAACAUACGGAGUCGCAAACGUUGCAGAGACCAUCUCUGAAAGACUUACCCCAGAGCAUGUUGGCACUAUCGUUGGAGCCUCCGCCUUUCUCGUCAAUGUUCCUCUUGGCGUGUGGAAGGAUGUCCGUUUUGCCCAAAUGUUUGCCCGUAUCCCAUCUCGUGUCGCCAACACUGCAGCAGCCUCAGCGACAGCAACCGUUCCCAUGCCCAAACUUCGUCCCUCACGAUCAGCGACAACAGUCUGGCUCGUACGUGACGCGUUGACCUUGUUUGGGUCAUUUACACUUGCACCUCGGCUAGCGACGGCUAUUCCGGACAACUUGGCACUGCACCCUCAGACCAUCUCCCAGCUAUCUGUGCCCGCUCUGACGCAGAUUAUUGCGACACCGCUGCAUUUGCUUGGACUAGACCUGACCACUAGGCAACAUCAUAUCCCUUGGAUGCAGAGGAUUGCCGAUACUACCCGUUCUGGUCUGCUGUCGACUACCAUUGUCAGAUGCUUCCGUAUCUUGCCUGCAUUCGGCUUUGGAUGUAUUGGUAACACUGAGAUGCGAAAAGCCCUCCACAAGCAGCAUGAGCAGUAUGAUUGA